CGCGCUAGUCUUAGUUGCCGCCAGCUGAUUGGGAUUAGCAUACCGGAAGUGAAAAUGUCUGCAGUAAAAUUGUUCGUCUGCGUUCUUUUGAUAUCUGUUUGCGGACAGUCCAACGGCAUAUACAAUCUGCUGAGAGGAGGGGGCGGCGUCGGUCUAGGGGGGAUGUUUACGAGCCUGAGCACGGGAUUUCGGCAAUCGACCUCUUACAAAGCGGCCUUGUCGCUAGGCUGCAAGUACCCUAUAGACAAUGAAUCCAUCCUUCGUUUUAUCAUGCCCCGCGGGUGCGAGCGAAGACUCAAUAUCUGCCCCUUCGUGUUCAAACUGCAAAGGCAAUGUAUAAAAGCUGGGAUAAUUGGAAUGUGCUGUCCCUUUUACGUUACGGACAAUGCAGUGAAAGGCGCCAUUAUGAUCCGGAAGUAUAAGAAAUUCGCCGAAAUGAUGCUCUUCUAGGACUGCGAAACCCACGUACAAAAGACAUGCGUUGUGUUAUAUAAAACACGACUUAAAUUUCAAGUAUAAAUGUUCUGUGAACAGUGUUGAAGAUGACCGAAUGCCGAACUUACCGACCAAAAGAAAUUCUGUUGUUAGGAUCGAAAACCGUGUGUACGGCGACGAUCUCUGUUGUAAUUAGUCAUUGAAUUCAGGCAGCUGAGCGCUCGUUGCGAUCGAUCGCAAGUCUUGUUUAAUUUUUUUGUGUGAAUAACGUUAAAGGGAGUUUCCUGAGUUUGAUUGAAUCUUGAACAGUUUUAAACUUGUAGCUUUAUUACUAUUAAUAUUAUGUCUCACAGUUUGUAGGGAUUUACUCUGGUUUUAUGUCAGAUAAUGCAUAGGGACACAGCAGGUGCUUGUGGUUUUUGGAGAGAAUAUGACUGUUUCACUUGUGGCCAUCUUGUCACGUGCCAAGUGCUGCAUUGUAAUAUGUUUUUGAUACAACCCUAAUAAUUGUAACGACUAGUAGUACACAUUAGGUAUGUUUUCUUGUUUAAAAUAUCAGUGUGUUUCUGUUCGUUGUAAUGUCUGUAAGUUGCCCAAACUGGAUUUGAUAUCCCAAUAAUUCCAUACGUUCAAAACAAUAUAUAUCAGGAAAUAAAAUGAAGUUUGACCUAGAGCAAACACUAGGAAGAUCGGAAACACUUUUAAUAUACAACCAUUAAUAUUGUAUUUAGAAAGCAAUAUAUGUAAUAUGUAAUUACAGUGGUUAUAUAAAAGUGUCUCUUUGUCUCUUGACAAUCGUCGAAAACUCAGGAUAGUUCCUCUAAAUGAAUUUGAUCGAAUCGAGUCAAAUUGGUUCAUUUCAUUUGUAAGUUAUUUUCAUACUUAUACCCAAUUAAGGUUCAAACAUUUUCAUCAUUUAAAACAUUUAAACAUGGUUUAAAAAGGUUCGUGUACAUUAAGUUAUGCCAAUGUGUGUGUGCGUGUGUG